GUGGCGAGAGCGAGGCCAGAAAAGAGCCAUCCGCGCAUUCAGCGACCGAAGUCAGCAGCUCUCGCGGCUCCGUGAUCCUCUCUGCCUUUUCCUCCCGUCGAUCUCAAGUAGCUCUCACAAAGCCAUGACUAGCCACGUUCCUAGGAUUAUCUCAGUCGUCCUGCUGUUGGUUGUGAUUUCUCACGCGGGUUGUUCGCCGACAAGAUCAGCCAACGUGACCCGCUUUAAAAAGAUGGGCGCGCCGUCGCAAGUACCUAACGAGAUUAGCACCGACUUCUCUAGGGACCAUGUGAGGGCGACGAUAGCACAAAACCGGCUAUCGCCCACCGCUGGCGGCUCCAUGGAAUUCACCUGCGAUGUGAGGGGCUCACCAACGCCCUCGAUACUUUGGCUAAAAAAUGGCAUCCCCAUUGACUUUUCCGAGGAUGACGAUGACGACAUGAGCCAGAACUACAUCGUGCCGUUGGAUCACAAAAGCAACCUGCACAUCAACGACCACUCGUCCAUUGUGAACGUGAAGGCGCGCCUGGUCAUCCCGUGCAUCACCAUGAAGGACAGCGGGUCCAUCUACGCGUGUCUCGCCACCGCAGGCACCAAGAAGAACAUCGACUACACCCAACUCAGGGUCUCUGAAGGUCGAGACCACCUGUUCGCGUGCCCGACGCCUCAGCCCGAGUCGCUGGUGGCAGAGCCUCCGGAGAUCGUGACCUUUGUGCCGCUCGUGAUGCAGGGCAUGGGCCGCGACGUCAAGCUCUACUGCCAGACGAGGGGCAGCCCCGAGCCGAUGAUCUCCUGGUACGGGCCCAACGGCAACGCCGUCAUGGAAGGACCCCGCUUCAGGAUCCUGGCCGACGGCUCCCUGGUGAUCUCCAGACUCACGUGGUCCGACAUGGGAGAGUACAAAUGCAAAGCGGAAAAUCUCUUCGGGGAAGUCUCCAAGGAAUCCUUCGUUUACCCUUUGACGGACGACAAAAAAUGAAGGCGUCGGCAGGCUGCGAGACGAUUGACUGAUUUCCCGAGGAAAACAAAAUCACCGUGCAUUUCUAUUAAUUAUUUUUGGAUAGUGCGAGGUGGGUCCUUCAAGGAGACACCAACAACAAGCCAAACGACUUAAACCUCCAUACUAUGUAUAUCGUUAAUGUGGAUAUAAAUUAAAAGCGAGAGAGAAAACAAACACAUAAAAAGUGAAUAUAAUAUAAUUUUAAUGCAUAUAAUAUAA